UGCCUUUUCUGUUGGAAAAUGGAACUACUACUACUGUCAAAAAUGUCAAAAUGCUGUUUGGAUUUUGAUUUGAUCUCCAAAUCUCCAUUAAUCUUUCUAAAAUGUGCGAACUUGUGAAAUAAUAAUAGACGCACAUUCAAUAUUUAAUACAACCAAACAAAAAACCUUUACAUAUUACUUUCUGAACAAGGAUAACAAUCACAAUGGUGUCCAAAAAGAAGAAGAAGUAUUCUUCCGGAGAAGGAGCUCAGUUUAUGACCAGAAAAGCAGCGCUUAAGAAACUACAACUAUCCUUGAAAGAUUUCAGACGUAUUUGUAUUUUGAAAGGAAUAUACCCCCGAGAACCUAGAAACCGAAAGAGGGCUCAAAAAGGUGCAGGCGGAAUCAAAACACUUUAUCACACUAAAGAUAUAAAAUUUUUACUACAUGAGCCAAUAAUAUGGAAACUGAGGGAACUAAAGGUUUAUCAACAAAAAAUUCGUCGUGCAAGAGCACAGCGAGAAUAUGGCAAGAUGAGAAAGUUUUUGCGGGACUAUCCAGAAAUAAACAUUGAUCACAUAGUAAAGGAAAGAUACCCCACGUUUGUUGACGCUUUGCGAGAUUUGGACGAUUGUCUCACAUUGUGCUUCCUAUUCAGUACUUUCCCAUCAUUGAAAAAAGUUCCAAGAGACCAAUCAUUCUUGUGCAGAAGACUGACAGUUGAAUUCAUGCAUGCAGUAAUUGCUGCUAAGGCUCUACGUAAAGUGUUUGUAUCGGUUAAGGGAUUCUAUUAUCAAGUUGAAUUUGAAGGACAAACAAUAACAUGGAUUGUUCCACAUCAUUUCUCAUUCCAGCCACAAAGCAAAGAUGAAGUAGACUUCAAAAUUAUGGCGACAUUUGUGGAAUUUUACACUAUGAUGCUUGGUUUUGUGAAUUUCAAGCUGUAUCACUCACUGAAUUUAGUUUAUCCGCCUAAACUCCCUAUUGGUUUCUCUUCUGAAAAAGACAAAGACCUUAUUGACGAACAAUCAUAUGUGUCAGAACGUAUAGCUGCUAUGAAUAUUUCACCUGCAAAAAUUGAAGGAUCAAAUGAAGUUGAAGAGUUACCAGAAAUUGACAUAUUUCCCACAGAAGAUAAUGAUCCCCAAAAACUAGAAGAAGCCAAACUUGAGGCAGAAAAAAUUAAAAAGCUAAAAACAUUGUUCAAAGGGUUAAAGUUUUACAUAAAUAGAGAAGUACCCAGGGAACCCUUAGUAUUCAUAAUUCGCUGCUUUGGUGGAGAGUGCUCAUGGGAUAAAGAUCACUUUGUAGGUGCAACAUUUGAUGAGACAGAUGAAACUAUUGCCUACCAAAUAGUAGACAGACCAAGUAUGGAUAAACAAUACUUAUCGCGAUACUACAUCCAGCCGCAAUGGGUUUUUGACAGUGUUAAUACAAGAACUUUGUUGCCAAUCAAUAAGUACUUGAUUGGUGCUAUUCUUCCGCCUCACUUGUCACCAUUUGUUGACACUAUAAAAGAUCAAGUAUACAUACCACCAGAAGAAAGAGAGCUUAACGAUCCAAACUUCAAACCACUCAAUGCAGAUUCUUCUGGAAGUGAAAUAGAAGAAGCCAGUGAUGAAGACAAGGAGGAGCAAAAUGAGCCCGACUCUGAAGAUAGUGAUGCUGAAAGAGCUAUUACUAAGCAAUAUCAGCAGGAGGUUGAUGAAGAUUCAUCUCAAGAUGAAGAAGAAAAUGAUGAUGAUGAUUUGGACCCUGAGAAAAAGAAACUGGCUAAAGAGAAGAAAAAAUCAAUGAGGGUAACGACAGGUGUAACCCAUAAAGAACAUCCUUAUCAAAAAGAAAUAGAAGACAAACAGGCAUUCCGGUUACGCGAGAAGCUAGUACGAAAGAAGCACCGCAAUCUGUAUAAAAGUAUGAAAGCAGGUCAAGAAAAACGUAAGAAGGAAAUAUGGCUGCUUAGGAAAAAACGUCGCCUUCACGACGAGAAGAUCAAAGAUGAAAAGAAGGCAGAAAAACGGAAACAAAAAAUGCAAGCACUAGAAGCUACUUCUAUUUGAGAUUUAUUAAUAAAUACUAUUUUCAACAACUAAAA